GAAUGUACCGCCUUGAAAAGCAACACUAAUCCCCCCGUGUCGCUAAAUUCUCGGAAAUGUGGUGGUAUGGUGGUGGUGGAAAUAAUGACCAACACAAACUCAUCAAUAGGACCUGAGGAAUGCAAAGAAGCACUCCCAAGAGAUGAAACUAUCAGACUAAGACAUGAUUUAAUUGGCAAAGCUUGUGCAAUUCAUUAUCAGGAUGACCCUAUGAAGAUAGUCAGAGGUCUUGGCACAUAUUUAUAUGAUGAGCAAGGCAAUAGAUAUCUAGAUUGUGUCAAUAAUGUUACACAUGAUCAGAGGCAAACGACCUCGCGUUACUAUUGGCUAAAAUGUAUACGGGACACGAGGACAUCGUUGUUUUAGACAAUGCAUACCACGGUCACACGAGUGCGUUAAUGGAAUUAUCUAUGUACAAACUAAAGCAGAUGAACAAAACUUGUGAUAAGGAUUACGUGCAUGUCGUCACAACCCCAGACCCCUACCGCGGCAAAUACCGAGGGUAUUCGGAAGAGACGGGCGUGAAAUAUGCUAAUGAAGUAAAGGAAACGGUGGAAAAUGCUCAAAAAAACGGCCGGAAGGUGGCUGCGUUUCUAGUCGAAUCAGCACAAGGAUGUGGAGGACAGAUUAUCUUUCCUGAUGGUUUUCUUAAACAUUCGUUCAAACAUAUUCGAGAGGCAGGGGUUUGUAUCGCUGACGAAGUUCAGACAGGAUUUGGAAGGAUCGGUGAUAAUUUCUGGGUCUUUGAAGGACAAGAUGUUGUUCCUGAUAUUGUCACGAUGGGUAAACCUAUUGCAAAUGGUCAUCCCACUUCUCUCGUCGUAACUACACGAGAAAUAGCAGAUUCGUUCAGUUCGACUGGUGCAACGUACAUCAAUACGUAUGCUGGCAAUCCAGUAUCAUGCGAAGUCGCUCAUGCAGUGUUGGAUGUCAUUGAAGAAGAGGGGUUGCAAAAAAAUGCUUUGGAAGUUGGAAACUUCAUGUUAAAACAUCUCAAGGAAUUACAGAAAGUCCAUCCACUCAUAGGAGAUGUCAGAGGUAAGGGAUUCUACAUUGGGAUUGAACUCGUCACGGACAGAGAUAAGAAAAUUCCUGCAAAAACGGAGGCCUAUCAAGUGAAAACAAAACUGAAAGACAGGUAUAUAAUCCUGAGCGUUGAUGGUCCAGAUGAGAAUGUAUUAAAAUUCAAGCCACCAAUGUGCUUCAGCCGGAUGGACGGUGAAUUCUUAUUGAGUAACUUAAAUGAAGUAUUGAGUGAAGUUGAAGCCACGAUGAAGCGAUGUUAAAUUACACGCCUAAAAACGCUCAGGUUGAUGCAACAUUGAUAUGAACAACAUCGAACAAUGUUGUGCUGCCCACAUUGUUCAGAGUUGUUAUCAACUUGGAACAAUAUUGUUGGAACUGAAUCGGGUGUAACAAUAUUGUUCCAAGUUGAUAACAACUCUGAACAAUAUGGGCAGCACAACAUUGUUCGAUGUUGAUGCAACAACCUGAUGAGUUUUUAGCCGUGUAGUGCAAAUGCAAAGUUUGGGUGCGAAGUUUUGUAAAAUACGGAAAAUAUAGCCAUGCGAAGAUGGCAUAUUUUGUAUACUUUGUAACUAGAUUAGUUACACACUCCGGCCGUAUUACAAAACCAUACAAAAUUCGUGAACUUCGCAUGGCUAUAUUUUCGGAAAUUUACAACAAUUCGCAGCCAAACUUGGCAGUUUUACUAAUUUUAGUAAGCUCUUUCAGACGCUCUAAUUUAGGUAAGCUCUAUCGCCGAGGUAAGAGAUUAAUUUAGACCCACACAAACAGGACGCGAUCACGCGAAUUGGCAACGCGACGCAAAUUUACUUUCUAAACGAUAUUUAUUUUCUGAAAUCAAAUAAAUU